ACAAAGCUGACAGCUAUUUAGUUAGCUGUAAACUACAUCUGAAUGGAUGCUGAGCCAGUGGUGUAAAACAGGCUAGUUAUUCACCGAAAUCGUGUAUUCAUCAAUAGUACAGCUAACCGUUUUCUUUGAUACUAAGAUCGUUUUGGGAAAAUAUAUAUUUUCCCCCGCGUUUCUUCAGCAGGCUAACGUUAGCUGCCUUCCGUUUUGUCGUUAGAGAAAGGCUAACGUUUCUACAAGGACGUUAGAGCUAGCGUUAACGAAGUUCACGUCAAAUCGAAUAUUAUUAUCACGAAUUUUACAGAUAGUGAGCUACAUCAGUACCCGAUUCUUGUUUUUCUGCUGCUUUUGCUGUGUGUGGGCAGAACGAGCGAGGAAGUUCGUCCAUUUUAACAGGACAACAAUGUCUACAUCCAACGCUAAUUUCAAAAACAAGUGUGUGACCCAGGUGAACUGCAUAUUUUGUGACAGUCUGCUCUGCACAAGAGGCAUGAAAGCAGUGCUUCUUGCAGACACUGAAGUUGAGCUUUUUUCAACUGACAUACCUCCCAAUAGAACUGUUGACUUUGUGGCCAGCUGCUACUCUACUGAAAGCUGCAAAUGCAAACUGAGAGACAUCGCAUGUCUCAAGUGUGGUAACGUUGUGGGCUAUCACGUUGUGGCCCCCUGUAAACCCUGCCUGCUUUCCUGUAACAACGGCCAUUUCUGGAUGUUCAAUAGCGAUGCUGUAUCUACUCUCAACAGACUGGAUGCAACAGGUCUGAAUCUGCUCCUGUGGGGAGAUCUUCCUGAGCUGGAUGACAGUGAGAACGAAGAAUCAGAAAGCCCAUCAGAGGAGGAAUGUAUUAGGUAGACAGGGAAACGGACAAUGUGAGCUACCUGCUACGCCAACAUUUGAGAGGUGGAGCUAAAAGAGUGUGCAAACCAUGCUUUGGAUAAGAGAGAAAAGAGAAGCUUUAAAGGAUAAUUUAAUACUGAAUCAAAUAGGGCAGAAAAGUGCUGCUUUACUGCUCUAAUGGGUUGAAAGCUGAAACCAUGGUGCACAUCUGACCACACCCCAAUCAGUGAUGUCACAGCAGGUGUUUUUCAUUUGCUCUCUAUCAGCUGAUAGAGAUCACCUGCUGUGACAUCACUGAUGGGACUGUGGCCAGAAAUGCAACAUGUUCCACUGUUUGAACCCGCAGAGAACAGUGCAGCAAAAGGUUUUGUCCCUACAUAAUUCAGUGCUGAAUUGCCCUUUAACUUGUGACCAUGCCUUUCCCCGUCACCUUUUCACUGUUAAAAGCACAGACGCGCACACUGUCAUGCAUCCUUUUCUCUCUUUUUUUAUUGUACAUUUGCGUGGGCUAUUCUAAAACAAGGGGCUGAAGUAGCCUGAAAAUAACAGACAGCUAGACUCCUUAAUCUAGUGCAUUUUAUCCCAGAGUCUCCGCUGAGCUCAUUGUUUCGAUCGGCCUCGUGAGAAGUUGGGAGUGUGCCGUGAUAAGUCGGUGGAACUUACCAGUGAAUGCUGUGCUCUUUCACGCUGUUUACGUUCAGUCGGAUUUUCUGAUAGGACGACCACAAUUCGCCUACCUUCUUUUUAUAUGGCAGUUAUGAUCUGUGCAUUGGUUAUGCUGUAAUAAGCAAGCACUCCCAUUAACAGUCAUGUCUUAAAGGCUUAUAUGCUCUCUGUGUGGCUUGGUGCUGAGUGAAAGCUGGAGUGCUUUUUGAAUCCCAUGCAUUGGAGUAAUAGCACAAUUAUUGAAUGGUACUGUAUAUCUAUGAGUUUCUCCCUUGUUGGGGGCAUAUUCGAUUUAGGUUACCUUAUGAUCUGACCAUCUGUCAGUGAUACAUUUUGAUUUGCUGAUACAGUGUUUGCUACACACCUGACAGCAGCGAUAUGUGUUUAACACCCAGAUGAAUCUCACUGUAGCAGUAUCGGAUACUAACAUACUAACUUAUGCAUUUGGCCUGCUUCCACAAAGGCCUGGAGCAGCUGGAGUUCAAAGUGUAGUGUUUGUUAGGAGCUCAAAUCAAGUACUGAAGUCCCAGUUUGAGGAUACAGGAUAAGGUAGAGUGGAAACUAACAAUAGGUGCACUUUUGCAGCACUCCGUAACUCCUCAAUGUGGAUCAUUAAGCAGAAUUCUUAAACGCAAGUGGAUUUUUGUGUCCAUGCUCCGUUUUUGUUACAUGACCAUUCAGUUUUAUGUAGCAGCAUAAUUGUAGCAUCUGAAGAGAAGAAAAAGUCAACUCCAAAGAAUCAUGGAACAUAUCAAUAUUGACCUUAUGGUCUGGCUGCCCCUCUAAAAGAGAGAUAUCAUUUUGGGCCACUUUACUGAAUCUCUCAUUUUUAAGUUUAGCUUAAGUCAGUGGAUCUGACAUCCUCGGUAUUCUUUUGGCCUUACUGAUGCUGUGGUCAUUGACAAUGAAAUCUUUUAUUAAGCUGUGGAGUCGGGGAGGAUUGAUGCUGUAUGUUAGCUGGUCAUCAGCAACUGAACAGACCUUCUCCUCAGCCUGUUGCACCAGACACAAGCCUCAACAUCCUCCAGUCACGGGGGACUGAACUCCAGUCGGCCCUUUUUUGGCAGCGCCAUCCUUCUGCUCUUGUUAUUGUUUCACUGCGGUGCCCUGCUGACACUAUGGUCCUGUCUUAAAGUAACAGUCUUUCUGUGAGUGAAUGGGUUUUGCCUGUAUUGUGGGCAAACUUUGUUGAAGGAUGCCAACAUAGAAUGUCACUUCUUGCCUGAAGGAAAAGGGUAAAGAAAAUGGGUCUUUUUUAACUUUAAACGGCCUCUGUGUUUAUCUAUGCUGUAGCCCUUUAGUUGUGGAAAAAUACACAUAAGAGGAAAACUUUGUCCAGAUUUUCACAUCCUUCAUCUUAAAGUUAUAACUGACAGUCUGCUACACUUGCACACCAAAUACUGUCUAUGUGGUAAACUGAUAGGAUACAGCGCAUCAGAUCGGUAUUUAUUAAAUCCACAAACCAAAUACGUAUAACCACAUACUUCCUUUUUGUUUACAAGCUUUGUUUACAAAUGUAUUGGUUUGUACUGUAUUGUGCUAUAGUACUUUUGUUUUUGUUCAUGUAUUUAAUAUUUCAUUUGUGAUGUAGUGCUUCGUUUUGUACGUUAAAGGUUGGAUGUGUACAGUUUUACCUCAAGAAGGUAUCACUUGCGAGCUUCCUCUGGCAAGGAUAAUUGUCAAAUGAUAAUCAAAAGAAUUAUUUAAAUGGCUGUUUCUGACGUGAAUAACUUUGAUUAACAGGCCCUGCUGAAAAAUGUAUAUUUUGGAAUUGCACUGAAACUGCAUUGGUAGUUUGAAAAGAUGAUUUGUUGUUUUGUAUGCUUGUUAAAUUAAUAAACUUUUUUUUUUUCAAAAUAU